UUAUUACAGAAUUCGCCUACAAAAGCAUCUUGCAUAGGAAGACCAGCAUUCGUAGAAUUAUAUUAGUGUUACACAUAAGUUAUUAAAUUUGAAUUAAACAAUGGAAGAAGCAGAAGUUUCAAGUGAGGACAAGAAUGUCAUUGUUUGUCCAGUUAAUUACGAACAAGCUGCAAAUGCAAUGGAUAGAGUGAGGCAAAAUGAAAGUAUGUUCAAGGAACUUCUAAACGUUGAAAAAUGUAAUCAAUAUUCGACGAUGUUCAAGAACUGUACACAAGUUCACGUUGGACCUAGAAUAGAAAUUCAUUCUGAAAAACCGAAUGCAAGUUGGUUAAAGAGAGAAAACGAAGAAAAGAAUGAAAUGUUCGACAAUUACUGCCAGAAGUUGAAGGAAAAAUAUGUGACUUACUUUUCCUACAUGAAAUCUUUCUUGUGGGAAGGAAAGAGGAACGAUUUUCCACUAAAGGAUUACUUUGUAGAAUUAACUGUAGAGAAAGCAGAUUUAUUUGGAAAUGAAAGCGGAUAUAAAAUAUGUCUGAAUGAGAUAUUUGCCGUAGAACGAGAUGGACAUCAAACUAUUUUAGUAACAGGAGAUCCCGGUUAUGGUAAAUCUACUUUAUGCAAGAAAAUUGCCUACGAUUGGGCAUCCUCCAAUUAUCUAAAACAUUUUCAAUUAACUUUUAUUGUAAUUUUAAGGGAAUUAGGUGAUAAAAGUGUAACAGAUGUAUUACUCGAUGAUAUUCGUGAAUUAACUGAUAAAAAUUGGAAAUUGAUAGAUAAAAAACUAAACGUUUUGGUGAUUUUGGAUGGGUUCGAUGAAAUUUUGGAUAAAUCUAAAAUUAUAAAAUUUAUAAGAGAAGAAUCUUUCGAUAUUUCUCGCACAAUGACUAUUUUGGUAACGAGUCGAACUCAAGCAGCGGAAGAGAUCAGAGAGGACAUGAAGAUGAGGAUAUUGAUAAAGGGGUUUUCUCCAGAAUAUCAAGAAAAAUAUAUUCAAUUAAUAUUUAGAGAAAAUGAAAGUAAAGCGAACGAACUCAUUUCCGCUUUGACAAAGGAUGACUUUUACAGAGAAAUAUCAAAAUGUCCUCUGAUGCUGCAUAUGUUGUGUUGCCUUCAUCGAGAUGGAGAAAUGGAAAAGCUUGAAACGAUGGCUGAUUUAUACAUUAGGAUAUUUACUCUUAUAACUGAACGUUAUGUGAGAAAAACUAAUCAAAAACGUAAAUUUAAAAGAGGAAAAUAUUUUGUGGGAGAAAAUUUGCUACUGAAAUUAAGAAGAUUAGAGAGAGGCGAAGAUGUUAUCACAUCACAAGAUUUGGUGGCUUUAUUUCCAAAUGAAGAUGAACACAAUUUCAUUACUGGACUAGACAUUCUUACUCUGGAUUCCUUUUCUGAAUGCGAUAAUAUCAUCCGAUACAGUUUUGUUCAUCGGACAUUUGGCGAAUUUCUUACAGCUUUAUGUGUAUAUAUCGGUUAUAUUUCGUUUCCAUAUUGUACUAGUAAUAUGGAGUUGUUAUUUUUAAUGGGAUUAAAUAAGGAUGAACCUUUACCCAAAAAGUUUUUAUCAUAUGUAGACACAGAAAUGUUCUUGCCUCAAUUUAUGCUCAGCUCUCAUAAACAAAUCAAACUGAAAAGAAAUUGGGAACAAUUUUGUUUUCAUUCAAAAGUAAUAUUUUAUUAUUGGGAAUUCCUGAUUUUAUAUCAAAAGCUAUUUAACUUAUACGAAUUCAAAGAAAUUUACCUACAUUUCCUUGAUACCAAAGGAAAAUACGUAAAACGGGAUGUUUACGUAAAUUACUUUUCGAAUUACUGGAGUUACACCAAUAAUUUAAAGAUUUAUCUUAUUCUCUUACUUCAGGAAACGUUUUCGAAUAAUUUAUACGAUAUUAGAGAACCUAUCUCAGGCAUUAUCGAAUUCUUUCAAGUAAUGAACGUAAUUAACGUAGACAUUUAUUUUAUUGGCGUAAAUUAUUAUAUGAGUAAUUAUUUCGAUAGGUUCACAAAUGUAAAAUACAAUUUGAAUUCGUUUGAAAUCCGGAAAUUAUUAAAAAUAAGUGAAAACGAGAAGUUAGUUGCAUUGGAAACUGUCGACGAUUUGGAAGAAUCUAACAGUUACAUCCUCUCAUUGGAGCAAUACGAAACUUUACGCGAUCGUAUAUUAUUUCAGUCUGCCAGCAAACUGAAAUUAAAAUGUGCAAUAAUAUAGAAUUCUUGUAAAAUAUAUAGUAAGUUUUCUAUGAAAGAAUGGUUUAACCUCUAUGAUAUUACACGUAUUUAUCAGUGACGAAUUUUAACAUAUUGAAGUAGAUAAAAUGAAUUGUUAAACGUUGUGAGUCGUCGGUUGAAACAUUUUUGUGAUAUUAUAACUUAUUUAAAAAAUAAAUAAUUAUGUUUGUAUACAUAUUUCCUAGGUUUCAAAUUGAUUUUUGAAACAUUUAUGCAUUGUUUGAAG